AUGAAUUUGAAUAUGAAUUUUGAAGCAAUGAAUAGAAGCUCUUCUACUACAACUUCUUCUUCGGAUUCUUGUUCUUCAGAAUCCAAUCCGUUGAAUCGGAGCAAAGUAGAUAGGAUCAAAGGUCCGUGGAGUGCGGAGGAAGAUAGAAUUCUAACGCGGCUUGUUGAGCAACACGGAGCCAGAAACUGGUCGCUUAUUAGCCGGUAUAUAAAAGGGAGGUCCGGUAAGUCUUGCAGACUCCGCUGGUGUAAUCAGCUGAGUCCAACGGUGGAGCACCGUCCAUUCUCGUCGCAAGAGGAUGAAACAAUCAUAGCGGCGCAUGGUCAAUACGGUAACCGUUGGGCAACCAUUGCGCGGCUUUUACCGGGUCGGACCGAUAAUGCUGUGAAGAAUCAUUGGAACUCGACGCUUAAGAGAAGAGCAAGUGUUGGUCGCGGUGGUGGUGGUAGUGAUAGUGGUGGUGGUGAUUCUGUUACGGUUGCCGGGGGUUUGGGUUUGGGAAAUUCUUCCGGUACGUUUGCUCGAUCUUGUUUUCCGGUGGAGGAUGAUCCGUUGACCGCGUUGACUCUUGCUCCUCCGGGGAAUUUUUAUGGCGGUGGUGUGGAAGAACAGGAGGAGGCGGUUGCGGAUCAUCAACCGUCAACGUCGCCGGAAAAUGUUCCGUCGGCGUUCUGGGAUGUGAUGAGAGGUGUGAUUGCAAAGGAAGUUAGGGAAUAUGUUUCUUCUAAUUUUUCUCAUAACAAUGGUUUUCAUUGA